AUGGCCAAUCCGGUGAGCAUCGUGCAGCCGAUCAUAGACUUGGCGCUGAAGAUAAAGGAGGCGGUGGAGACGUUUCGGCACAACCGGGAGGACUGCCGCAAGAUCGGCGAGCUCGUGGCCACGGUGCGCGCCGUCGCAGAGAGCCUGCGGAAGAGCAUGGAGGAGGAGGAGGACGGCGGCGUCGGCGCGUUGGUGGGUGGCGCGCUCAAGGCUCUGAAGCAGGCCCUGGAACGCGCCUGGGAUUUCGUCGUCGCCUGCCAGAGGAAGAACGCCGUGCUCCGUGCCCUGGAGGCCGAUGCCGUCGCCGAGAAGCUGCGCCGGGUCUGCCUCGACGUCUCGCUGAACCUCAGCGCGGUGGUGCUCGCCAACGGCGCCUAUAACACCUCCAAGCUGGCCGACAUCAACGGAAUCGUUGCCGCCCUACGUGCAGACGUCGCCUACAACACCUGGAUGCUCGCCAAAAUUAUGGAGAUUGUUGCUGCUCUUCCGGAUGCUCACCUGCAUCUGCGACAACAGGUGGCAAGAUUGCUCCAGAUUUUCAGUUAUUCAACUGAUGACGAUGCUAGUUAUUAUCAAAAUGAAAGUAUAAGGGAGACAAAGAAAACAGAUGACCAUGCUAGUUACUAUCAAAAAUGA